GCCCGGGGGGAGGCCUUCGGGGUGUGGCCAACCGAGCGUCGGAGGCGGGCACUUCGCUGCUACGCUUCAGUGGAAAGAAAGUGCAAAGUGAGGAGAAAAUACCUGGAUGGACAAUCUCAAAUAAAUUGGAGCCUCUUUACCUCACUCGCCCAUAAUCCUUUUACCCAUCAGCCCCUGCUCCUGUUUCCAAGAUAGAUUCCCUGCGCAGUAAGGUGGACCUGCUGGCUCUGCCCCUGGCUCUGUCCAUCUCCUCGUCUCUGUCUCUGUCGGAGCGAAAGGGGGCCCUGCGGGGGGGCACAGGGGGGGCUCCAACCGCCCACUCCAAACCCACUCUCAUCAUGGACAACGAGUCUCAGUACUCGGGAUACUCAUACAAGUCCUCCCACUCACGGAGCUCCCGGAAACACAGGGAUCGCAGAGAUCGUCACCGCUCCAAAAGUCGAGAUGGGAGCAGCCGCGGAGACAAGUCUGUGACCAUCCACACCCCGGGAGAUCCUCUGCUGGACGAGUCUGCCAGAGAGGACAGGGAUGAUAACUGGGGCGAAACCACCACCGUCGUCACGGGAACCUCCGAGCACAGCAUCUCCAACGAGGAUCUGACUCGAGUGUCCAAAGAUCUGGAGGAGACCACGCCUCUGGAAUGCAAACGCUUCCUGGGACCUGUUCUGGCCGGGUUCCUCAGCUUUUUUGCUUUACUCACUCCUCUAGCGUUCCUCAUCAUCCCGCAGGUUUUGUGGAGGGACAGUCUAGAGCCCUGCGGCACCCCGUGUGAAGGGCUGUACGUAUCUCUGGCCUUCAAACUCCUCGUUCUUCUCAUAUCGUCGUGGGCUCUAUUUCUCCGCCCUCCUCGCGCCACGUUGCCGAGGUUUUUCGUUUUCCGAUGCCUGCUCAUGGUGCUGGUGUUUCUCUUCGUGGCGUCAUACUGGUUGUUUUAUGGCGUGCGAGUUUUGGAGCCCAGAGAGAGGGAUUACAGGGGGAUAGUGGAGUACGCAGCCUCUCUGGUGGACGCGCUCCUCUUCAUUCAGUAUCUGGCCCUGGUUCUGUUGGAGAUCAGGCACCUGCAGCCCGCCUUCUGCAUCAAAGUGGUGAGGAGCAGCGAUGGAGCCAGCAAGUUCUACAACGUGGGGCAUCUCAGUAUCCAGAGAGCUGCUGUGUGGGUCCUGGACAGAUAUUACAGCGACUUUCCCAUUUAUAACCCCGCCUCCCACAACCUGCCCAAGUCCAUCCUCAGCAAGAAGAUGAGCGGCUUCAAAGUCUACUCCAUCGACGAAAACCCCACAAACAACUCGAGUGGUCAGUCCAGAGCCAUGAUCGCUGCAGCCGCCCGGAGACGAGACAAUUCACACAAUGAGUUUUAUUAUGAAGAGGCCGAGAUGGAGAGGAGGGUCCGUAAACGCAAGGCCAGACUGGUAGUGGCUGUUGAGGAGGCGUUCACUCACAUCCGGAGGCUCCAGGAGCAAGAGGCUGGUGCUUCUCCCAAACCCCCCCGAGAGGUGAUGGACCCCCGGGAGGCAGCUCAGGCUAUCUUUGCCCCAAUGGCCCGGGCCAUGCAGAAGUAUCUGAGGACCACCAGACAGCAGGCCUUUCACAGCAUGGAGAGCAUCCUCACACACCUGCAGUUCUGCAUCACACACAACAUGACGCCCAAGGCCUUUCUGGAGCGGUACCUGACCUCUGGCCCCACGCUGCAGUACCAGCAGCAGAGCGACAGGGGGCGCCAGUGGACUCUGGUGAGCGAGGAGCCCGUCACGUCGGCUCUGAGGCAGGGUCUGGUCUUCGCUUUACGGCGCCUGGACUUUUCUCUGGUGGUCACGGUUACACCUCUCCCCUUUCUGCGCCUGGGGGAGGAGUUUAUCGACCCCAAAUCGCACAAGUUCGUCAUGAGGCUCCAGUCCGAGACCUCGGUUUAAAGAUGGCGGUGCCGGAGAAGAAGCAGGAAGUGAACUAAAGUCAUGCAUUGUAAAACAAAAGAGGAUCUAUAUUGGUCAAAAUGAUUUAGUUCUCAGUAUUUAUCUUGGUUUGAGUAGUGUGACUAGCCUGGGGUUAUGUACUUAUUGGUAAGACUUAUGGAAAACAAAACCAAAAAUUCAAAUUCAGGGUUAGUUUGAUCAAAAUAAAGUUGCAAUUAUUUAUGUCAAAUUAACUGAAGUAAAACAAUAUUACAUCGAGAUUGCAAAAAUGCCUAUGGGGAAGAUUUUUAAUGUUAUUUCAAGUGUAAUUUUCCUAACAUAAUUUUGGGUUAAAGGUGCACUGUGUAACUUUUUAUGUAAAGUAUGGCACCGGGGUGUUUUGUUGCCUUGAAAAACAUGGAUUUAUCCUUUGCAGGACUAAAUCAGGAGUAGACCAGGACUACACGAGGACUAAAUCAGGACUAAACCAGGACUAGACCAGGAUUAGACCAGGACUAGAUCAGAUCUCAAUUAGGACUAAGACAGAACUAGACCAGGACUAAACCAGGAUUAAACCAGAACUAGAUCAGGACUAAACCAUGACUUGACAAGAACUAGACGAGGAUAAGACCAGUACUAGAUCAGAUCUCAUUUAGGACUAAACCUGAUCUAAACCAGAACUAGAUCAGGAUUAAACCAAAACUAGACCAGGAUUAGACAAGGACUAGAUCAGCACUCAAUUAGGACUAAACCAGAACUAGACCAGGAUUAAACCUAGACUAAACUAGGACUAGACCAGGACUAGAUCAGGACUAAACCAGAACUUAAACCAGGACUAGAUGAGGACUAAACCAGAACUAGACCAGGACUACAACAGAACUAGAUCAGGACUAGAUCAGGAUUAGAUCAGCACUCAAUUAGGACUAAACAAGAACUAGACCAGGACUAGACCAGGACUAGAUCAGGACCAAACCAAGUCUACAUAAGAACUAAAUCCAAAUCAAACCUGGACCAAUUGUAAAUGCAAUGCAAGAUAUAAUAUUUUGGUUAGUAAUAAUUGUUAAUUACUAUGGCAACGGUCCUAUCCUCUCAUCAUUCUGAACCCCCUGGAUACUAUAGUCAAAACUACUCAAAUCAGGAUGAAUAUGGUGAAUUCAACUCAUUUUAACUAUAUAUAUUUCUUUUAUUUUACAGUGUGUGACCAUCUUCUCAACCUGCUGCCUCCAACAAAAGACUAAAAAUGAGAAAUACAGACUUUUAUUUUGAAAAAUCAUGACUCAUUUUAGCCUGAAAAUCCCUUUAAAUGAAACAGGAAGUACAUUUAUUUCAUGUUUCUGGGCCUAUACAAGCUGACAGCCAUUCAAGACGUUAUAUACAAGAGAAUAUAAUGGGCUUCAAAACGGAUGCAAUGACUUCUACUUCUGUUUUUGGAAAUUUCGUCAUUCAUUUUUCCAACAGUGAAACAGGAAGUAUACAAGAGUUCUGUGGUCCACUUUUGUACAAGAUGCCUGCAACUUUGGACAGUAAAUAAGGAUAAAAAAAACUGAUUACAAAAUGGAUGCCUUGACCAGAUUUAAUUUUUUUAUUUCACCAUAUCAAUGUUUGAACAUGAAUUAUAUUUUGCUCAAAAGGUCUGAAGAUGUUACUGGAAUUGUUCAGAACAGACGUUAAAGUUAAAGGAGAACUACGUAAUUUUUCUGGUGGGGGGUUCAAGUACCUGCUUGUUUUGCUUUGGCUAGAAUGUUCCACAGUAUGGUAUUAAAUGUAUCUUGUUUUACAUUUAUUGCAUUGUUACAUGUUUCUAUUGCUCAAAAACGUCUUAAAAACAUCUUAAAAUCUCAAAAACAUGCCUUCUUACUGUGAGCGACGUCACCUCUCCACAGAUCUAAGCUGAAGCUUGUCCUUGUGACCUGCUUGUGUUCAUGGAGAUUGACAAAAUCAAUGCCAUACUGUGGAACAUUCUUAGUAAAGCAAUAGCAUCUCCAUGGAGGCAAGGUGCAUGACAGACCCUCCACCUAAAAAGAUAUAGAGGGCAACUUUAAAGCCACAGUGUGUAACUUUUUAGCCAAAAACAGACUAAAGUAAAAGCAGGUUUGGUUUUGUUUUUAAUUUUGAUUUGUUUGUUACACUAAAAACUUAGAAAAACAUGUGUCCUUACUCUGAGCAGGCUUGCAUCUCCAUAAACCUAACUCUUAUUUGGCUUGGAAGUGGGCCUCCAUUAAACUUGUCUAUCUCA